AUGCUUCAACCCACCACCUCCUUGACAUUCGUGGUCCGGAGACAAGCACCGGAGCUGAUAGCCCCGGCAAUACCCACACCUCAUGAACUAAAGCCUCUCUCCGACAUUGAUGACCAGGAAGCGUUAAGGUAUCAUGUCCCGGGGAUUCUGAUGUAUAAAAGGGAUCCAAAAAUGGGAGAUACAAAUCCGGCGAGUGUGAUCAGGGAUGCUUUGGCAAAGUUGCUUGUGUUCUAUUAUCCUUUUGCUGGCCGCCUGAAGGAAGCUCCGGAGAAGAUGGUGGUAGACUGCACCGGCGAAGGUGUGUUGUUUAUUGAGGCGGAGGCAGAUGUUACGUUGAAGCAGUUCGGGGAGGUGCUUCAUCCGCCGUUCCCUUGUUUGGAAGAGCUCCUUUAUGAUGUUCCUGGCUCCGGUGGCAUCGUCGACUCCCCACUCCUACUAAUACAGGUGAAGCUUUUGACAUAUUAA